AUGGGACACGACAUGAGCUCCAUGGGCGGAGGUUCAACCGGAACGGACACUUCCAGCCCAACCUACGACCCGGAUUCUCCGUCCAGCAGCAGCAACUCAACGAGCGGGAGCGGGUCAAUGUCGAUGAUGAUGAUGCAGAUGUGGUUCUACUGGGGUCCGAACGUGAUUAUUCUGUUUGAGAACUGGAAGACGAGCAACUGGGGGUUCUACCUGCUCGCGUGCUUCCUCGUCGUUGUCUUCUGCGUGCUCCACGAGUUCCUCACGUCGUUUCGGCUGAAACUUUCCGCCACCCGCCGAUGCCGUGUCAAGGACGCCGAGCAAGGUGCUGGUGAUGUUGAUGCCUCGAGCAGCAAGAAGGCGUACCAUUGGCGGCCUCUCCUGGACCGCCUGGCAGUGACGGGCAUGUACGCGCUCAACCUUAUCUUCAGCUAUGCGAUCAUGCUCAUCGUUAUGAGCUUUAACAUUGGCCUCUUUAUCGCGGUCGUUCUCGGCCUCACUAUUGGCUUCUUCUUUUUCGGUGCCAAGAGGCGGAAGAACUCGUCGGAAAGGCCGAUUGUUGAGGAGGCGCAGGAAGAGAAUUGCUGCGCGGGUACUUCUGAUGCGUGCUGCGCCGCGCCAUAA